GAGAAAAAGGACGAUACAGUUUUGUAUAAUACUACUUUACCGGCAUUAAAUGAUUUACGUUGCGCAAUGUGCGAAAUUGAUUUUAUUGAAAUUCGUGAUUCGUCGGCGAAGUCAAAUUUUCACUGGAAGACAAUGAAAUGUCGAUUACUCAUUCAUUUAGUUUCUGAUUUAAUUGCUUCACCAGUAUUCGGUACAGAAACAUUUAUAAUUGUAAUUACACAUAAACAGUUCUUUGAUACGGAAAAAUUGGAGAAAAUAUUAAGAAAUGUUAAGCUAGUGUAUCGAGGAUUACAACCAGUUACUAUUGAAGUUUAUAAAUCUUGUCUUAUUUAUACAAUACAAGCUAAGAUAGCUCCUUUAUGGAACAUAGCUGGUCAAUACUUAAUUCAGGGAAAAGAUUUUUAUAAUUUUACAGAAGGAGCUAGAGCAUUGAAAUUAAAUGUUCUAAUGAAAGAUAUGAAAAUAUGUUUAAAACUUCAUGCAGAAAAAAUUAAAAUUUCAUGUAUUAAAUUAGAAGAUUAUCUUCCAUCAUCUGUUAUUUCUCAAUUUUUAGCAGAUCCUAAGGGAUAUAUUGAUUUAUCUGUUUAUAAUUUACCAUUUAUACAUGUUUUACCCAGUACAAAGAAAGGUAAAUUAUUAUCUGUAUCUAAAGAAAUGCCACCAAAAUGUGUUUUUAAGAAUUAUGACCAAUUACGUCGACACUGGAAAAAUAUGUAUGGUUACUCUUUGCCAAAAAAUGAAGAUGGAAUUUUAUACUAUGAAAUUAAAUUUUUAAUACCAAAAUCAAAUAUUUUUAUUUAUCCUAAUUUAUGUGUAAUGAGUGGUCCUGUGGAUAUUAUUCCAAAUAGAGAUAAAGAACCUACAAUUACACAAUUCUUAUCUGAUAUGCUUGUAAAAUUACCUGCAGUUUGUAACAAAAAAUUACAAAUAUCUAAAAAUGAUUCAUUUAACACACAAUUGGGAAAUGCAAGUUCAUUAACUGACACAUUAUUAAAUAAUACAGAAUUAGAAAUACAUUCUCCACAAAAUAAUCCUACUUCAAAUUCACAUUUUGAAUUCUCUACAAAAUAUGUAGAUGAACUAAAGAAAGAUUCAAGUAGUGUUCCUACAUCAUUAAAAACACACUUAGCUAUGAUUCAUCAGCUUCAUAAUGCAUCCUUUGGUGAAAAUACAAACACAAAUUUAAGCAUUAAAAAUAUUAGAGAAAACCAAAGUAAUAUGCAACCUAAAAAGAAACUUUGUGUUGUAAACAAUACAUCAAGCACAACAAACAGAAAUUUUAUUACAUCAAAGGAGGGAACAAUUUCUAGAUACUUUCCAAUUCAAAAACUACAUUCUUCUAAUAAUAUAACAGAGUCCACACAGCAAAAAAAACAAGACCAUGUAUCAUUAAAAGAAAAAUUAUCAAAUGUUAAAUCUAAUGAGCAAAGUAAAAUAUCUUUGUCAGAGACAGAUGAAAAUGUUAAUAUAGAAGCAAUGGCAAAAAAUAAUCAGUUAGAUCAAUUAAACAGUAACAUCUUAAGUAACUGGUUAAGAAAACAUUCAAUUCCACAUAAUCCAAAUGGGAAAAAGGCUGAACUUAUCAAGAAAAUAUUAUCUCAUAUAAGAAACACACAACAACUUCGUAUAUAAAGAUACAUUCAAAGUUAAUAUAAUCAAAUGCCUCCGUGGAGAGGCAAAAGCUCGGCUAAGGGGAAGCCUCUGAGGAGGACCGGGAACCCUGGAACCCAGGUACCGAGAAGGAACGGGAACCCUAGAACCUAGAAGCUCGGAGAUAAGGAAACCUUCAUGGAGGACCGGGGAUUCCGGAGCCCGGGGAAGUAGAAUAUUACUAUACU